AUGACCGCGGCUUCAUCGAAUCAAGAUCUGCAAGUUUCUAUUUCGUUUGGUAAGUUUGAGAAUGAUUCACUAUCAUGGGAGAAGUUUUCGUCUUUCUCUCCCAACAAGUACUUGGAAGAAGUAGAGAAGUGUGCAACUCCAGGAUCAGUAGCUCAAAAGAAGGCUUAUUUCGAAUCACAUUACAAGAAGAUCGCUGAGAGAAAAGCCGAGAUCAUCUUGGAGCAGGAGAAACAAUUGGAGAGGGAUGCGUCGAGUGUUCAGAACCGUGGAAACAUAGACAGUGAAAAUGACGAGUCGGUUAUGAUCGAGUCUAAUGAAUGUUAUGGAUCUAAUGGUGUGAGUACGUCUGAGGAAGAUAAGCUUGAGACCAGCAUUGCUACUGAAGUAAAUGAGACAUGUAUUGAUGAGGUUCUUGAAGAAACUACUAAUUUCAAGGAAUGUCAAAGCUCGGUUGAUGCUCGAUUGAAGUUAGAGAAACUUGAAGAGAUUGUUCGUGUGGAGGAAAAACACGAUUUGAUCGUCCAAUUGGAGGAUAAAGAGAAACCAGAAGAGAUUGUUUGUAUAGAGGAAGAAGUAAAAGACGAAACGAAAGAAGAUAUUUCAUCAAAGGAUACUGGCGAAAUGAAUGAAACACCAAUGAAGGAGACAAAGAAAGAGAAAGAGAGAGAUCAGAAUCUAAUCAAGAAGACAGAUAAAAAUGUGCGAACAAACCAUACAAGAGGCUCUUCCAAGCCUAAUCAAAUAAACAAGAAACCGGUAACGAGCAAGAUUGUAACGAGUAGGAAAUUUCAACCAAGCAAAGAGAAAAGUAGGAUAAAGACAACAAACAAAGCAGCAUCACCUAUCUCAAAAUCCCUUUCAACUCCAAGAGUGUCCAAGCCAGUUUCAACAAUUAGUUCAAUGUCUACUUCUGGCUCUUCAGUAAAGAAGGAAAAUGUCGCGACUUUACCGAGAAAGAGACAAACCGCUCCAAAGACAUUAGACACUUCUCUCAAUCUGGCUCAACCGAGCUCUGAUCCUACUGCUCUUGUUACAACCAGAAAAUCUUUGAUCAUGGAACGAAUGGGAGAUAAAGAAAUCGUUAGACGUGCAUUUAAGUCUUUUCAGAAGAGUUUCGACCAAUUGAGACCAUCUGGUGAUGGGGAAGAUACAGCUCCAAAGCAGGUUCCUGCAAAGACAACUAGUGUUUCGAGGAUAGCUAAUGGCAGGCUUGCCAAAUCAAAUGCCUCAGAGAAAAAGGAUGCUAACUCUCAACGUUCUUCAUCUUCUGUACCGAAAAGCAAUGGGACAGUUCAAAAACAGGAGCUAUCCAGGCCUGCAGCAAGAGCUGUAGAGAGGAUACGCUUACCGACAAAACCAAAGGCAGAAGCAACCAAUGCCAAAACUCGGAGGCAAAGUCUUGAUCCUAAAGCAAAAUCCAUGCAUGGACCUCUCCCAAAAGGCUCUUCAGAUAAAGUACUAUGA